CACAACGCUUGAUAACAGUCACGUGAUCAGAUAAGAGCAAAUUAGCUAGUGUACCCAUUACAGUUGAGUUUUGUUAACAAACUUUAUAGUAUUUUUGGAUAGUUUCUGUAUUAAUAAUUGAAUAUUAUAAUCUUUGGCAUAUAUUUUAGUUUAUUAAAAAUAUAUUUUGUUUAAUUUAAAGAAAAUGUUUUUUCCCCCCAACUCUGCGCAUUUUUAAAUUAGCUUAUUAGCUAACAAGCUAACGGUAAAAAUGAAUGAGGAGCCAUAUUUAACUGAUAAUAUCAACAGACUCCUUUUUCAGUUGGCUCUAGAAACUCGGGAGCUGUCUCAAAAGAAGAAUGAUAUAAACCAGCAAAUAAAAGGCUGCAGAGAURACAUUGCAGAAAAUAAGUCCUCCAUUGGAGCCAUCCAAGAAAAUCUCAAGAAACUUGAAGAACAAGCUGGUGUGGCGCAGAGCACUGUGAAGAAAAAUAAAGAAAAUGCAAAAACAAUGAAGGUGACCAACAAGCUGCUCUUUCAGUACGAACAGACGUUGAAAACAGAACUGGAAAGUAGAAAAGCCAACUACAACAACGACCUGGAGGUCUUUGAAGAGAGGAUUUCAAGCAAUAGAAAAACACUGCAGUCACACAAAGAUUAUUAUCACCAAAAUCCUCUGGCUCAAAAGCUACUCGCUCGGCAGUCUGAAAAAGAAAAGAUUGAAGAUCGUAUUAAGGCCUGGGACGAUCAAAUAAUGACCAAACAGAAGGAGCUGGAACAUCUCACUGAUUCAACAGUGAGUUCCUUCUCCACUGAGGAACUACCAGACAGUGCUUUUGGUGAGCAACCCACAAUGGAACAAGGAGAAGAACUGGAGCAUCAGGCAAACAAGGACAGUGUCUCCUCCAUCAUUGACAUCUCUUCUAUUCGUCUCGACCAGACGGCUAAUGAGGAUGAAACAUCUGGAAAUACAACCGCUGAGGAGAUACAUGAGCAAAACAACGCACAGGAUCCACCCGCCUGUUUUGCUUCUCCUGAAAAAGCUAAUGAGAAAAUUUGGUCCUAUCAUCAGCAAAGUCAUUCAGAUGAAAUGCACUCUGGAGCACAGGAUGAAACUUUGAAAGAGGACCAGGAGCAGCAGCUGAGUGGAUCAGGGGCAGACGAUGUUCCUGAGGAUGAGAUGGGAGCAGAGGAUGAGAGCAGAGGACCCACAGAAGAAAAGGCAUCAGCUGAAGAGGACCGCCAGGAAACAUUUCAAGAUGUCACCCCUCAACCUUUCUUGGAGAAAACGACUGUGCUUUCAACCCCAGCAUUUCAGUUCAACUUCAGCCCCAGCAGCUCUCCACAUCAAGGCACCUCUGACACCAAGUCACCAGCUUUCAUGUUCUCCCUGAAUUCCAACGUAAGCUCAUCGUCCUUUUCUGGAUUUGGAUUUGAUAUGGGCUCAUCGCAGGAAGAGGACUCGUCUUUCACUUUCACAGAUUCCAUUUUCUCUGAGAAGAAAGCUGUAGAGGCAAAACCUUCAAGCGGUCCUGAAUUCCUUUUUAACGAACCGGAGCAAAGUGAAGGUUUCCAGUUUGCCUUCAACACCACAAAUCCUCAGUCAGCCAGCAAACAAAAUGAGGAUGAGUUUCCAUUUUCAUUCAACUUCUAAGAAAAAUGUGCGUUUAGUUUUUUUUCCCCUCAUAAGUCUCUUGUGUUCGUUACGUUGACUAAUAGAUCCGGUUUGGUCUUGGUCAAACACUUUGAGCAAAUCACACAACAAAAUGUUUGUAAUAUCGUCAUAACAUUUAUUGAAGUUAUAGCAUCAAUAUCCAUCUUAAUACGUAACAGCAGUUCAUAGACCUUUAUAGAUUUCUCUCUCAAGUACAGCAGCUGUGGCAUUUACAACUUUUUACAUGGUAAUAAAUUGUCUGUUUAAACUUGUUGGUUUGAAAAAGUGGCAGAAGCAUUGUUUCAGUCUAAAAAAAU